UUAGAAGAAUGCGCUCCAAAGCAAAUCCAAUGUGUACUGUCAAUGUUGGCAGUUGGAUUUCUUUGGGGAGCGACAAAUCCAUUACUACGGCUCGGGUCAAAAUCACCUAACUUCAUUCUUUUUUUUUUCACGUUUUCGUUGCCUUUCAUAGUCAAUCAAACUGCAUCCAUACUCUUCGUCAUGCUAGUUUCACGUUUUCCUGUCUCGAUAGUUGUGCCGUGUGUGAACGCUUUGCAGUUCGUAUUCACAGCGGUUAUUGGCCAUUUGAUCGGUGAGUACGCUGUCAGCACGAUUUUGGUGCUUGUGGGUGUGCUGAUAAUGAUGAUAUCUGAUACACUGCAAUCCGAUCUGCAGCAGAAUAAUUCUGUUCAUGCUAUUAAGAAAUGA